AUGUCGAGUCCAUUGGAUCAAAAUAGCGACCCAAAUAUCGGGUCGUCUCGAGGCGACGCGUCGUCCACCUCGGGCGAUGUCGCCAGCAGCCUCACUGGCGGAGGUGGCUCCUCUGGCUCGGCGCUGAUGAUGACUUUGUUGCCGGCUCUUGUAUACGCUCUUUUCUGGGUUAGCCUGUUCCUGAUCUUUCGACGCACUCAGCGCCGGUGGUACGCUCCGAGGUCGCAUUUACCUGAUCUCCACGACCAUGAACGAAGUCCAGAACUGCCCUCUGGUUGGGUCAACUGGGUCGGGACGUUCUUGAAAAUCGAGGACAACCAUGUCCUGCACCACUCAUCUCUAGAUGGGUACCUCUUUCUGCGAUUUCUGCGAGUAUUAGCGGCGACUUGCCUGACAGGCUGCGUAAUUACAUGGCCCAUCCUACUGCCAAUUCAUGCUACCGGCGGUGGUGGUAACAACCAGCUUGAUAUUCUGAGCUUCAGCAACGUCACCGAUUCUAGGAGAUAUUAUGCAAACGUUAUAGUGGGUUGCGUGUACUUCACUUUUGUAUUUUACGUCGUGACCAGAGAGAGCUUGUAUUAUGCGAAUCUACGCCAGGCAUACCUCAACUCACCAGCCUACGCAUCUCGAAUGUCGUCCAGAACACUUCUCUUCAUGUCCGUACCUGAAGCGUACAAGAACGAGAAGAAGUUACGCCAAGUGUUCGGUGAAUCAAUCCGCCAAGUUUGGAUCACCUCAGACUGCUCGAAGCUGAAGUCAUUGGUUGGGGACCGAGAUAGCCUUGCCGAAAAGUUAGAGACCGCAGAGACCAAGCUCAUCCGGCGAGCAAAUAAGGCUCGCAUGAAGGCGAUCAAGAAAGGCGAGCUGGGCAUCGACACAUGUCUGGACUGCGAGUCAAGCAAUCCUGCUUGGUCUCACAAAGUCCAGCGACCUACGCAUCGUCUUAAGUUCUUUGGCAAGAAAGUUGACUCCAUUCACUGGUAUCGGACCGAGCUAGCGAAGAAAAUCGAGGAGGUGUCUAUUCUCCAGGCUAAGCAUCAGGCUGGUGAUGCGAAACAGCUUUCUGCAAUCUUCGUGGAAUUCAACAGCCAGGCAGAUGCGCAGAUUGCCCUUCAGACUCUUUCUCACCACCAGCCGUUCCAUAUGACUCCACGCUUCGUUGGAGUCUCACCCAGAGAGGUUGUCUGGUCGGCGCUGAAUCUGAGCUGGUGGCAAAGAAUUGUCCGAAGAUUCGCAAUCCAAGGAUUUCUUGCAGCAUUGGUCAUCUUCUGGUCAUUUCCCUCGGCGAUUGUGGGUGCAAUCUCUAACAUUAGUUACAUUUGCACCCUUAUUCCCUUCCUCAAAUUCAUUCUCAAAUUGCCCGACUUUGUCACAGGCGCAAUCGAGGGUCUCCUUCCAUCUGCAGCAUUGGCCGCUUUGAUGGCACUGGUUCCGAUCAUUUGUCGUGUAUGCGCCAGAAGAGCAGGAGUUCCAUCAACGGCCCGGGUUGAACUUUUCACACAGAGCGCUCAUUUCGUCUUCCAGGUAGUGCAAGUUUUCCUAGUUACCACAUUGACGUCUGCCGCAUCAGCUGCUACAGCACAAAUUGUCAAAGAUCCUCUCUCGGUCAAAGACCUCCUGGCACAAAAUCUACCCAAGGCUACCAAUUUUUACAUUUCCUACUUCAUGCUGCAGGGAUUGAGCAUGAGUUCGUUGGCUCUUGUUCAGAUUGUCAGUGCCUUGGUGUUCAAAUUUGUUACGACUUUCUUUGCAUAUUCCCCGCGUCGUCUGUUCCAGCGAUGGGCAGAGCUGGGAAGUCUCAGUUGGGGCAAUGUCUUCCCCGUUUUUACCAAUAUGGCUGUGAUUGCGUUGACAUACUCGUGCAUCGCACCUUUGAUUCUCGGCUUUGCAUUCCUCGGUCUAUACCUCGUAUACCAAGCUUAUCGGUACAACUUCCUCUUCGUGUAUGACAUUCAGGUCGACACCAAGGGUCUAGUCUACCCACGCGCUCUGCAACAUCUGUUGACAGGGCUCUACCUGGCCGAGAUUUGCCUUAUCGGUCUCUGUGCUAUCAAGGGUGCGAUCGGCCCGGUGAUCAUCAUGGUCAUCUUCCUCAUCGGCAACAUCCUAGCACACAUGUCCCUCAACGAAGCGCUAGCCCCGUUAAACACUUUCCUCCCACGAUCCCUCGAUGCCGAGGAAGAGAUGCUACAAGAGAAGGAAGACGUCUUGGCAGAAAUCAACGAGCAACGCCGAAACUCCCGCGCAUUGGCCUUCUGGAGAUGGUUCCACCCAAACGUGUACAAAGACUAUGCAGCAUUGCGCCGAAAAGUCCGUCGCAAUGUGGCAGAGAUCUCAUAUACGCCAGAGGAACUGCGAACAGCCUACUUUGAGCCGUGUAUUGCUUCGCCGCCGCCAACAUUAUGGAUUCCACGCGAUAAAUGGGGUUUCAGUCGCCAUGAGAUCAUGGAAACUGAUUCGGUUAUCAAGAUCACGGAUGAGGGUGCCCACUUGGAUGGGAAGAAUAAGAUCGUGUGGGAUAAAUACGAUCCCCAUCUUCCACUGCGAGAACGGAAGACCCUGUAUUGA